AUGGAUAAUUUAAACGAUGAAGAAAUUUUUAAUGAUCGUGAUCGUAUUGAACCAUUUGUUAAGGCAAUUACCAGAAAUAAGCAUUUAUUUAAAGAUAAAGUUGUGUUGGAUCUAAAUGCAGGGAUGGGAUUGCUUAGUGUUUUAGCUUCAUAAUCUGGAGCAAAAUAAGUUUAUGCUAUGAAAGCUAAUUGUUAUGCUACAGAGAUUAUGAAAUAGAAUAACAUUUAAAAUGUUACAUUAAAGAAAGAAAAUAUUAAGGAAGUGGAAUUAAAUUGCAAAGUAGAUAUAAUAAUUUCAGCUUGGAUGGGUAAUAUGCUAUUUUAUGGUGGAAGUAUUUAAGAAGUGAUUUAUGCAAGAGAUAAAUAUUUAAAUAAAGAUGGAUUCAUCAUGCCUGAUAAAGGGUAAUUGUAUUUAUAAUCCAUUGAAGAUACCUAAUAUCGUGAUUAAAAAAUGAAUUUUUGGUAUUUUAAAUUUUUAAAUUAUUAUUAUAGGAAUUCUGUAUAUGGAGUGAAUAUGAAAUGGAUGAAAUAAUGGGUUGCAAAAGAGCCACUUAUUGAAAGCAUAAAAGAUGAUUAAUUAAAUAGUGAUGAAUAAUUAAUUUAUGAGGUCAAUUUAUAAACUUGUAAAUUGGAAGAUCUUAGUUUUAGUAAUUAAUACUAAGUAAAGAUCAAGAGGUAGGAUUAUGUAACUGGAGUCAUUGUUUGGAUGAAAUAUUCAUUCACUUAUAUUCAUUUACCAAUUCAUGUUAUAAUGGGUCCUACCAAGUCUCCUUUUUGGAAACCUGUUAUUUUGUACUUUAGAGAAGAAAUACCUGUUAAUAAGGGUGACAAAUUAUAAGGUUAAUAAAUAGAGUUAUUAUUAAUUUAGGUUCAUUAGCUGUUAAGUUUGAAUCAGAAGAACUGUUACAUAUUAAGUUAUCUGUACAUUUGUAACAAUAAAAUUAUAUAUCAUAUUUUAAGUUAAAUUGA